AUGGCGUUCGCCCAGCACGAUCCUUCGACGUGCCCGGAGCUUCUGGUCGCGGCCAAUGCGGAGCAGAAGGCCGACCUCGUGCGGUUAGGCCACGAGCAGCUGGGGAAAGCUCAGCGAGGAGUGACAACAUUCCUCACUCUCCAGCUGAGUGACCUCAGCAACUCGGUGGUCUUGAUGCAAGACGGCAAUCGAGACACGUUUACCUAUUUCGACAGUGAGCUCGAGGCCGAGAAGUACCGCGAGCGUCUGCUCCCAUUGAAGCAGGAGGCCGACUUCACGAUCCCUCAAACCGCAGCAGACAAGAAAGCACACGUCAAAGUCCUUUUCAAGGCAUUCAAGUGUGUGCCUGCGGAGUGCUUAGAGGGUGAAAACAUCAAGAGGCCCUUCAUCAACCACAUCCACGACAAUGUCAUGGUCGAGUGCCUGUGCUGGGAGAUUCUCCGUCGCUGCAUCCAACGCUCCGAGGUCCUCUCCAAUCUAGUCGAAACUUACGAACCGGACAAAUACAAGUUCAAGAAAUUCAUGGACAAGGAUUUCGAGCAGCGCUUUGAUGCAAUUGUGAAUGCCAUGGCACGCAGCAAAAGCCUGUGUAAGCACAUGUAUGAUGUCCCAUACCUUUUCAAGGUCAUCGAUGACCCACAGACCAACGUUGAGCGAAUCGACUCGAACCGCAAGCUCAACGGACAGAAGGCAGUUGUGAUGAAACGAGGCAAAGAAGCCGUUGCAGGAGAUGAACAGCAGGGCCCAAGCAAGAGGCGAAAGACCGAAACCACCAAGACUGAAGCCCAGUCUGCUUUGGUGCCUGCACAACGUCGGAAUCAGCGUGCUUUGACUGCGACCACCUCCUCCCAGAUAUCCACGACAACACCCGCCCGGCAGCUCCUCACCUCCCGGCAAGCUAUUUCCGCUCCAGCUUAUCCAAGAAUGGCACCGCCAGUUAAAACUGGGUACGCCCAACAGAACCUCCUCCAAAGCGGCAUGCAACCCAUCAACAAUCUUUACCACAGAAGCCCGACGCGGAACGACUCCAUGGUACCUCGACCAGUGGUUGGCAAUAGUCAGCGCCCGGCAUACACAAACAUCGACGCCCAGUCUCCGUACAUGCUCCAAAACCCAUAUCCCAUGCAACAAUACCCACAGAUGGGCAAUCAAGGCUAUGCGGCUCGACAAAACAUGCGACCUCAUCAGUCACAGACUGCCUGUACCUCAACCUCAACCACUCACUCUCCGUCCCGAACAUCCCGCCAAUACCCCGAUCCGACCACGCCAAGCGAGCAGAUGGCUGUCAGCUGGCUUGUACAACCACAACCAGAGAGCCGUACCAUGCAUUCGAGCUACAACUCUAGCGCCUCAACCAUCACGUCCCCUCUCAACACCAUCGAUCACCAACAACCUCAAUGGCCUGGCGACAACUACAGAGAAUCCGACCUCGGCGAAACAUCUCUUACUUCGUCGGAGACACACGCGCAAGACGAUGGCUUCGGACCAAAUCAAGAGUACGGACUUGACAAUAUCGAAGAAUUUCUUCAAAACGCAGAGGAGCAGAAUGCCCGUAUUGGCGCUGCCGAAAAUUAUGAAGGUACUGCCGAAGAAUAUGGCGAUGCGCCCUAUGAGACCGAGGACCAGGGACCAUCUCAUAUGUAA